AAUCAUUAACUUCGCGUUGAUUUUAAAAAUUUCGCCGUUUUUCUCCCACUUCACUUCGGUUUGGGUUUUGUUCGGACCAGAUCAUCUACCUAGUCAGACAGACCACUAGUGCUGAGCUAUGCUUUCGGUACCAAAGCCUACGAUACCAUCAUACCGGUUCCUGUAAUCACCUUCGUCACAACGAUGACAUAACGGCAGCAAUCAGAAUUCGAAACUGAACUGUCAGAGGUGACUCAAGUCUCGGCCGGACCACACAGACACAUUUACUGCAAUCCUUUCUUAUAAAACUGCUGAAGCCUGGGCUCGGCGUGUCGAAUCUUCGAUUUACAUAUCCAGAUUCUCUUCUCCAACACACCAUCUCAGCCAAGACUCGUACAACAGCAAGUCCAAAACAUGGAACACCCCAUAAACAUCCUCCUAAUUGGCAAAGGUGGACGAGAGAGUGCGCUUGCUCACAAGCUUUCGCAGUCUCCUCGUGUCGCUAAGGUCUUCGUUGCUCCAGGAAACGGCGGAACAGCCAGUGGAAUUAGUAAAGUUUCCAACGUCGACAACAUUCAAGAAGACGACUUCUUAGGCCUUGUGAAGGUUGCGAAAGAGUUGGGAGUACACUUAGUUGUUCCUGGUCCUGAUGGACCUGUGGUCGGGGGGAUCGAGGGAUACUUCCGACAAGCCAACAUCCCUUGCUUUGCACCUUCGAAAGAAACUGCUCAAAUUGAGGGUUCCAAAGCCUUCUCGAAAGAUUUUAUGGCUCGUCAUAAUAUUCCUACGGCGCGAUACUGCAACUUUCGUAAUUACCACGAGGCCAAACGUUUCAUUGAGUCCAAUGAUUACAAUGUUGUGAUUAAAGCCUCAGGCUUAGCUGCUGGCAAGGGAGUGAUCAUUCCGAGAAAUAAGCAAGAAGCUGUAGAUGCCCUGAAACUUGUUAUGAUUGAUCGUCAAUUUGGCGACGCAGGUGAUGAGGUGGUCAUCGAGGAGUUCCUCGAAGGCGAUGAAAUGAGCAUCUUGACUUUUAGUGAUGGUAACUCAUUCAAGUCUAUGCUACCCGCACAAGAUCACAAGAGAAUAUUCGAUGGAGAUCAAGGACCAAAUACUGGUGGUAUGGGAUGCUACGCUCCAACAAAGAUUGCAACUGCUGCAGUUCUCCGUGACAUCGAUAACCUCAUCUUGAAGCCCACAUUCGAUGGCUUGAGACAAGAAGGAAUUCCCUUUGUUGGCAUGCUUUUCACAGGUAUAAUGUUAACAAAAGAUGGCCCGAAAACGUUGGAGUACAACGCCCGCUUUGGAGACCCGGAGACACAGACCCUCCUCCCUCUUCUUAAUUCCGACCUUGCAGAAAUCAUGACAGCUUGUGUCAACGGACGCCUGCAUGAAAUCGAUGUUGAAAUGGAGAGCAAGUUUUCUGCGGUGGUUAUCGCAUCCGCUGCCGGGUACCCUGGUAGUUAUUCCAAUGGGAAGACCAUACGAAUGAAUCACCAUCAUAUUGCUAAAGCAGGAGAUGGAAACAUAACUUUUUUCCAUGCCGGCACAAAGCUUCGAGAAGAUGGAGAUUUGUUAACUUCUGGCGGUCGAGUGAUAGCAGUUUCUGCAACAGCUGACUCACUAGAGGAAGCUGUAAAGCGUGCUUACCAAGGAGUAUCAAUGGUGGAGUUCGAGGGCAUGCAUUUCAGAAAAGACAUUGCAUACAGAGCACUUCGUUGAAUAAAAGUUGAGGGUUGGACUGGGAGAACUCAACGAGAGUGCAAACAUAGUCAGAGUCUGUAUCCAGUCUUGUGAUCAAAAGACGUUAGUGGUUUGCCGAGACAAAUUCGCGAAUUCGGCUUUGACAUUAAUUGUUUUUUUGAGUCACUGGCCGUCGCAUGAAGUUCUGAAACUAGGGGAUUGAACCUGUGACAAGUAGUAAAAAUAAACACC